AUGCGGGCGAUAGUCGGCUAUAAUACACAUAAUAGAGCCUUAACUUUACCGACUGUGAGUCUACACAUGGAUCCAAUGAACUCAGUUGUGGCUAAUUUUGAUGCAAUCAAAGAACGAAAGUUGUAUUUAUAUAACGCAAGCGUUAAGUAUUAUCAUAUGCUUUACAAUGAGUGGGACUCCGAUCAGAAUAUUCUGGAUUUGAUGACAGCUAUCGUACUAUUCAGUCCCAAUCGACCAAAACUACAACAUAAAGAGGUUGUGAAGUAA